AUGGUAUGUUAUAUUUGUUUACAACAUAAUGAUCAUAAUGUUGUAUCAAGUUCAUUAGAAACGCUUGAAAUUAUACUUAAAUAUUCAAAUUUAUUUGAUUUUGAUCAAUUAUUAAUUUCAACCCAAAUUGGAUCUAUAGAAGAAAUUCAUGUUAAUAUUACAUAUCUUUUAUCUUUAUGUGAACACGGUAAUCUACAUGUACGUGGUGCAUGUGCAAAUUUACUUGUUACAUUAAUUCCAACAACAAAUCAUCUUUUAACACUAUCAUCAUUAUCAAAUUCUUUUAUUAAUCAAUGUUCACUUGUAUCAACUGAUUUACAAGACAGUUCAAGUCAUGCAUUUACAAUCAUAGGAAUUAAAUUAUUAGAAGAUUCUAUUCAACAUACUACAAGUUCCUGUAUUCUUGCUAAAUUUGCUCUAGCUCAACUUAUAGAUGAUAUGGAUUUUCGAAUAUUAACUUAUCUUGAACAACAAUUAAAACAACAGUACCCUGAUAUACGUGUUCGUCAAGCAAUUGCUUCGACUUUUGCUAAUGAUUUUCAAGCUGCUAUAGUCGAUUUACUUGUUCAAUUACUUUUAAUUCGUUAUUUUAUUUAUUGUAUUGCUGAAUUUCUUGUUAUGUUAUCACAUGAUACACUUCAUUCAAAACGAGUUAUUAAAAUACAAGAUUUAAUAAAACAUUAUGAUUCAUUAUUAGCAAGUAGACAUGAAUCUGAAACACAUGCUUUGGCAGCAUUAGAACCAGUUUUAUAUGAUUUUUUUUCUUGUUCGAGUUAUGCAAAUAAUUAA